AACUAGGUGAUUUUGUUUCAUUUUAUUUUUUGUUUUUGUUGUUGCCGUUGUUCUUGUUCAACAUUGAUAGACACACUAUACAGGGAUAAAACACAUUCAAGUAAUAGAUCACCUUGUUGUAUAAUCUAUACUGGACGCUGAUAUAGCAAUGUUACUUCUUGUUGUUAUUUCGGUACUUUGUGUCUAUAACACAGAAGCUUUGAUCACGUGUUUGAAGUGUUCUCACAUUACUGGACCAGCUAAUUGCUCUACAGUACAAAAAUGUGGUUCUCACCAGAGUUGUUUUACUGAUGUAUAUUUAAAUGUAGACGGAGAAAAAAGAUAUAAUCUUGGGUGUAGAGACACGAUGCAAUGUGAUGUAUCUCGGGCAGUAUUGAAUAAAGCUGACAGUGCUUACAUAUGUAGUGAAUGUUGUAAUGGAACAUUGUGUAACAACGCUGGAUGUCAAUAUCAAGGCUACCCUUCACCAAGAGGUCCGAUAUGUUAUAACUGUGACUCCGGCAUUAACAGCAGCGAUUGUGACACGAUUAAAGUGUGUAAUAGUGACGAGGUUUGCAAACUAGAAAGAAAGUAUAAAAGAUUGGCUAACACAACAGUACAAUUUCAUUACCAAAAGGGUUGUGAAAAAGCUGAUGUUUGUGACACACAGCUUCGAACUCUUGAGUACGUAUUAACACACAUCAUUAGAAAGCGACAGAUUCGGGAUAUGUUUCCAAAAAAUGACCACUGUAUUUUGAAAUGUUGUGACACGGACCUGUGUACAGACAGCUGUACUUCAAGGACUUCACCACACAAUUUUUAGCUUCAAUUUGGAACUGGCGUGUCACACUCGUACAUUUGAUAUAAGCUGAAUAAAAAAGGAAAAUGAAAUGUGCCUAUUUGAUUUAUGAAAGCAGUUAAACCUAAUAAAUAUUUUGCAAACAGUU